CGAAGUUUUGUUAAGAUUAAUCUUUCAAAUUUAUUUUGAAGAUCCCGAAGUCUGGGGAACACGUGAUCCGUGGUUUGUUUACACAAAUAGCAAGCCAGCUUUGGUUUUCAGCCGUCUUUGGAUUUCAACAGCAUGAGUGUGUCUCGGUGGCUGGCUUGUGCGGUGCUUUCUGUCUUUUAUGUUCUGCAAGUCAGCUCCCUGGACACUUUUGUUGCAGCCGUUUACGAACAUGCGGUGAUCAUGCCUAGUGACACCCCGUCCCCACUGUCUCACAGUGAGGCACUGGCAAUAAUGAAUCGGAAUCUAGAUCUAAUGGAAGGAGCGAUCGUAUCCGCAGCAAAGCAGGGUGCACACAUCAUUGUGACUCCAGAAGAUGGAAUAUAUGGUGUGCAUUUCACCAGGGAUACUAUCUACCCAUACUUGGAGGAUAUCCCAGACCCUCAAGUGAACUGGAUUCCCUGUGAUAAUGCAAACAGAUUUGGCUACACCCCAGUACAGGAAAGACUCAGCUGCUUGGCCAAGAACAAUUCAAUUUAUGUUGUGGCAAACAUGGGAGACAAGAAGCCAUGCAACACUAGUGACCCUCAGUGUCCUCCUGAUGGGCGUUUCCAGUACAACACUAAUGUGGUGUUUGAUUCCCUGGGCAAACUGGUUGCACGAUACCAUAAGCAAAACCUUUUCAUGGGUGAAGAACAAUUCAAUGCACCCACAGAGCCUGAGUUGGUGACUUUCAACACCCCGUUUGGAAGGUUUGGCAUCUUCACAUGCUUCGAUAUACUCUUCCAUGAUCCUGCUGUUACCCUGGUGACCAAGUUCCAGGUGGACACCAUACUGUUCCCAACUGCUUGGAUGGAUGUUCUGCCUCAUUUGGCAGCCAUUGAAUUCCACUCAGCUUGGGCUAUGGGCAUGGGGGUCAAUUUCCUUGCAGCCAAUAUACAUAGUCCCUUGAGGAGAAUGACAGGAAGUGGCAUCUAUGCUCCAGACUCUCCAAGGGCCUUUCACUAUGACAGGAAAACCAACGAGGGGAAACUCCUUCUGGCGCAGCUGGACUCCCACCCGAGUAGCUCCUCAGUUAACUGGACUUCUUACGCCAGCAGUGUGGAAACACCCUCAACAGGGGACCAGGAAUUUCAGAGCGUUGUUUUCUUUGAUGAGUUUACCUUUGUGGAGCUCAAAGGAAUCACAGGAAAUUACACUGUUUGCCAGAACGAUCUCUGCUGUCAUCUAAGCUACCAGAUGUCCGAGAAGAGAGCUGAUGAAGUUUAUGCCCUUGGGGCAUUUGAUGGGUUGCACACCGUGGAAGGGCAGUAUCAUCUGCAGAUUUGUACUCUACUGAAAUGUAAAACCACCAAUUUACGCACCUGCGGUAGUUCAGUGGACACAGCUGCCACCAGGUUUGAAAUGUUCUCCCUCAGUGGCACGUUUGGAACCCAGUAUGUCUUCCCUGAGGUAUUGCUGAGUCAAGUCAAACUUGCACCUGGGGAAUUUCAGGUGUCAAGCGAUGGGCGUUUGUUUAGCCUGAAGCCAACAUCUGGACCUGUGCUAACAGUCACUCUUUUUGGGAGGUUGUAUGAGAAGGACUGGGUAUCUAGUACUUCCUCAGAUCUCUUAACACACUCACUGAUGAUAAUAAUAAUGAUAAUUAUCACACCUAUUAUACAUUACUUAUGUUAAUAGAAUUUUUACAUUCUCUAUUUUAUUUGGAAUAAUUUCAAGUAAGUUAGUGGAUGAAGAAAAGAUCUGUUUGCCAAUAGUGGCCUCUGGUGUAAGUAAAUAAAGUGCCUUUUUCUUUUC